AUGAUUGGAAUGUUCUUCGUGCCCAGCGAUGUCAAGGACGCUCACCAGCAUGAAUCUGCGCUCAGAGUGACAAAUGCCUACAGUUCAUCUCAGGGUCUUGUCCUUCCUCUUCUGGGGUCCAAGCCUUUUUCCACUUCAACUUCCUGGGUCAGCAGGCCAAGCGAAGUCGAUGUCCGCAUAUUCCACAGCCCCCAAUUCCCAUGGCAUCAUCCCACUCCAUCUCCAACAAUCACACCUCUGGCUCACACAAGCACCCCAGAUUGGACAGAGGCGCAGCUGUUGCCUAGAGCCGGUCUCCUCCAGACAACUACAGCCACCACGCAAGCCCUAUCUCCUUCAGCUGAGGUCAAAGGCUAG